UGAGUCCCUAAACAAAGCCGGGGGUCGAUAUCAAAAGGAACAGUCAGUAUCUGGUGUGUUCUCCAGCUGCUUUAAGUACUACAGUGCAUCUCAUCCUCAUGGACUGCACCAGAUUUGUCAGUUCUUGCUGUGAGAUGUUCCCUCACUCUUCCACCAAGGCAUGUGCAAGUUCUCCAUCACGUCUGGGAAGGGACACAUGGUUACACAUGGUUUUCCACUGCAAGGACGAUCAGAUGUCCUUCGUGUCUUCCUGUAGCACUGUACAUAUACAUUCAGCUACAAUCAGGGUGUAAUCCUCUAUGACCUUGAGCUUAAGCACAACAUGUUGCAUUUUGUAUAAGGACUGACACAAGCUGAUAAUGGAUAAUGUGUGCAUAAUGCUUAAUGUAAAACAAACUAGCCAUGAUUCCAGUUAAUGAAUCAGCGAUACAGUAGUAUGCAUUUUUUUUUUUUUUGCUGUUGUUUAGCCCCACCUGUUUCUGUAUCUCGGCCUCCUCACAAGGUAUAUCAGCUGCUUCACACCGAGACCAUUUUCCUUUGCUCAGACGUACUCGCAGACUUCGUCGUCUCAGAAUAUUUCACCUCCACAUCCAACACUGACUUUGCGUUUCUUCCAGAUGGAGGUCUCCAGGAUGCGGUCCGCCUGGGCGGCUCUCUGCAUCGCCGUGCUAGUGAUGUCAGGCUCUGCUGAAGGUGCUAGUUUGGUGACGUUAAAAGCGGCGAACACAGAACCGUCAUACUCUUAUGACUUAACCAUGGACGUCACCAACCGCAUCUACAGUGAUUCUCUCCUCAACCCUAACUCUCACGACUAUAAUAUGAUGUUUGGGGAAGUUAGCACUGCGCUCUACUCUGUCUACGGCUGCCCCACUUGCGACACACGCACAUUUUAUCAAGGUGUAACAGCCAUGACCUUCAGUGACAAGGCUGGAUCUGUGGUUGUUCAGGCCACCAUCAUGUUCUACUCAGACCAAACCAAUGCCAUGGUGAUCAAGUACCUAUUUCUGCAGGCCGUCAAUAGCAGAAAUGAAAUAAAUGGCCUGAGAAUCAACCCUGGAUUCACACAGGUGUCUUCACAAUCCACAAGCGUUUCCCAUCCAACCACCACUCCAACCACCACUCCAACCACUACUCCAACCACUACUCCAACCACUACCCCAACCACUACCCCAACCACUACUCGUCUAAUAACAUGUGACCCAUAUUUAACCAAUCAUGAUAUCAUUCAGAUAAUUAUGUCAUGUUUUAUCACUCCAACCCCUACUCCAACCACUACUCCAACCACUACUCCAACCACUACUCCAACCACUACGCCAACCACUACUCCAACCACUACGCCAACCACUAUUCUAACUACCCGUACCACCACUCCUACAACAACUACAACCACUACUCUAGUCUAUUAAAACAGGGUGAACCCAUUCCUUUAACCGAUCUCCUGCCAUUACUAAAACUACUUAAUCAGAUUGUUUAAAAAAAGAAAAGAAAAAAGAAACAGAUUUCAUGUAAUUAAUCACAUGACAUGAUAUUAAAUUCAUGUUAAAACAGACGACACAUGAAACCCUUGAAAGGCUUGAUUAAAGUAUAAUAUUCUAUCUGUAAAGAGCAACCUUUUUUUCACACCUCCUGUGUUCAAACACCAUCUGAGUCACCGUCCAAUGGGCAUUCUGUUUUUUCUCUCCCAUUACCAUGGUAGAAAUGGGAUUUAAAAAUGUUCUGUUUUCUGAAGUCUAUACUUCAUAGCCUACCCAUUAAC